ACCAUAUACGAUAUAUUCUAACUAAAAAUGGCGAGUGCCAGCAGUGAGAAUGGCGAGGAGCUAAUGGUCUACGAUGGGAACUCGGAUUCGGAGGAGUCCGAGUACUCGGAGACCGAGGAUACCCAUGAUGGCGACAAGGAAUCGCCACUAAUCACACCGCAUAGCAAUGCCGAUUCGGGUUGUCCCCUGGAGGUCUCCCUGCCGGAUCCCAAGUCGGCUGGCCAAAAGGGUCAGAAUAAGAGCAAUAGCAGCACUGGUACCAGUACCAGUACCAGUGUUGGGGCAGUGAAUCCCAACUAUGGCUUCGGCAAACGUUGGUCCAAGUCCGAGGAUGUGCUGCUCAAGAAGCUGGUGGAGAAGCAUGGCGAGAACUGGGAGAUCAUCGGGCCGCACUUCAAGGAUCGCAUGGAACAGCAGAUUCAGCAGCGUUGGGCCAAGGUCCUUAAUCCCGAGCUGAUCAAGGGUCCCUGGACGAGGGAUGAGGACGACAAGGUCAUCGACCUGGUGCGCAGCUUUGGACCCAAGAAGUGGACCCUCAUAGCCCGGUACCUGAAUGGGCGCAUCGGGAAGCAGUGCCGCGAGCGGUGGCACAAUCACCUGAAUCCGAAUAUCAAGAAAUCAGCCUGGACCGAGGAGGAGGACAAGAUCAUCUACCAGGCCCACAUCGAGCUGGGCAACCAGUGGGCAAAGAUUGCCAAACUUCUGCCCGGACGCACUGAUAAUGCUAUCAAAAACCAUUGGAACUCAACAAUGCGUCGUAAAUAUGAUGCCGAACGCAGGUCGGCGAAUGCAUCUGGUAGCGAUUUGAAGAGUUCGCGAACCCAUCUUAUAACGCUGAUCAAAUCGGGUGGCAUCAGCAAGGGGCAGCAUAAUAAUAUGCAGCUCAAGUUGACUUCCACGGAGACAACAGAUAACAAGCCAGCCACAAAAUCCGAUAACGCUGAGGGCACGCAAUUGAAUAAUGUAAAACCUGAGAUCACCGAGUCACAAGAUUCUUUGGGAACCGAUAAUUACCUCAGCUCUCUGGGUACUCUGAAUUUGAAGAUGUCACUACCGCGCCAAACACCGAACAUCUUGAAGCGGCCGCGCAAAAACAUUCCCGAAACUCACCUUCAGGCUGGUCCAUCGAACGGGGUUUACGGCCAGGAAGAUGCUGCCAAGCCCCGUCUGCCCGGUUCGCCUGUUAUAACGCCCAUCAAAUCUCUACCCUUCUCGCCGAGCCAUUUCCUAAAGUCGCCAUGCCUGACCACAUUCGAGGAUAUGAACUUGCGAGCCAGCACACCAGUGACCAAGGUCUACAAUCGCGUUGGCAUGGAGAUCAAGAAGGAGCUGGAGACCUCAUCCAUUGAAACUCCACACAAGAGCCAACUUGGACCGCGAACACCAACGCCUUUUAAGAAGGCACUAGCUGCCAUUGGCAAGAAAAGGGACGGUCGUCGUUAUGAACCCUCUAGCCCGUCCAGUUUGGCGGAAGAUCUGGCUGAGAUCAUUCACGAAGAGCAUCUUAGCAAUUCCCUGAAUGGAAACAAUUCCAAAUUGACAGUUGGUGGCGAUCAAAGCACUUCGUUUAGCACCGAAAACAAUGCCCAGUCGCCAGUUUUGAAACGUGCCAGAAAAUCACUGCUCUCAACUUGGAGCUCCAAUCAUCCUUCCAACGGAAGCAACACCAAGAAGGUUCAACCUUUUGAAACCGAGACGCCCAGCAAGUUUCUCACGUCUCCAGGCAACAUUUUGAAGGACACGCUCUGCAGCGAACAGGAUCUGCCGUUCGACGAGGGCCGAAAGGAGAAUCGACCAUUCCAUAACCGCAGAAGCUACAAGUACCGUGGUGCGUUGUCCUACGAUCAUGUCAUCGAUCCGAAAUGGGCUCGGGUGGCCUGCGGCAAGACCAAAGAUCAAAUAUUUAUGGAGGAGCAGGCCUAUGCGUGUCUUAAAAAUCUCUCCUGUAUACCACGUUCCCUUAACUUUGAAAAACAAAAAUGUUUGGUAAACUCAUUUGACCGCUUUGGUUCGCUAUAAUUUUUUCAUGUUGCUAUAAGAGGUAUUACAAAAAAUAUUAUGAGUAUCAUUUUUUUAUAAUGUAGAUACAUACGGCUCCUUAAAAUUGCACAUACAUUUGAUAACACUUUCGUUUGAUGAGCAACGCAUUUCAAAAUAAGAUUAAAAGUACUACAUUUAUUGCAUUAUUGGUUACACACACCUUGAUUUGUAUCCCAUUUUUUCGUAUAUUUAAUAAAUAAAUAAGCUUAAAUUGAAA